UUCUGUAAAAUAAAACAAUUCUUUGUCUUUAUUUCAAACCUUUAUAAACUAUACAAGACUUGGGGUUUCUCAUCUGAAUCAAAACCUAGGUCAAAUUAAGAUAAAUUAAAUCCACACCAUUUCAUUUUGUAGCAUCACACCACCAUGAGAAAAUACAUCAUUUUACAGCCACACCCAUGUUUCUGCUAUUCAUUCACAUUUAACAGAUGAUCACGUGAUCUACUGUUUUAUAUUUUCAGCAUGUUAUAAAUAGUAAAGCAAACCAUCCAGGGCAGUUCAUAAAUGAAACGCCUUCUCUGACUUUAUGAUUCUGAUCUUUGUGAAGAGAGACAGAGGAACAUCCUAGAAAUGACAUAAAAAUCAAAUAUUAAACAUGGAGCUAUUUAGACCUUGUUUGUUCUUUUAUCUGUUGGCCAUUUUGCUGUCACUGAGCAUCUCUUUGACCACAAACUCGAACCCCACCACUGCAGAAACACUUCAGUGGAAGGGUGGAGAUGGUGUGAAAAGGUCACGAGUGAGAAGGCAGAACCUAGACCUACAAAAUGCAUUACGUUUACCAGAAAAGGCUUAUGCUUUCUUUAUGUUAUGGAGACUUCUGGAUGAAAUGUACAACGAUGCAAACACCAUCAAACCAUUAAUGACAAUGCCAGACAAACUGGAAUUUACAACACCAGAAGGGCCAAAGAUCAUGGAGACUGAGGUGAAAACAUCUUCAGUUCACGUACAGGAACAAAGCACUCAUUCCACUGGUAUGACUGGUACAAAUAACUCUACAGCUAUGCCGUCCUUCCCUACUCACUCAUUACCAGACUCACAGAAAACAACUCAAUUAGAAGAUUUACAACUAGUGGGACAAUCAACUCAACGACUCCAGACCACAAUACAGAAAAUUACAGAAUUCAAUCAAGCUACAGAGCAACAUAUCCCAGAUUCCACAACAUUUAAAAUUCUCACCAUUGCAUCAGAGGAAACAUCUACAAUUGCCAUACAUGAACAAAUUGACCACUUCACUGGCAUUAAUAUUAUAAAUAACUCCACUGCUAUGGCGUCCUUUCCCACUCACUCAUCAUUCCCAGACUCACAGGAAACAACUCAAUCAGGAGAUUCAAAACUAGCUAAAGAAUCAACUCAACAACUCCAGAUCACAAUACAGAAAAUUACAGAAUUCAAUCAAGCUAUAGAGCAACAUAUCCCUGAUUCCAAAACAUUUGAAAUGUCCACCACUACAUCUGAAGAACCUUCUACAAUUGCCAUACAUGAACAAAUUGACCACUUCACUGGAAUUAAUAGUAUAAAUAACUCCACUGCUAUGGCAUCCUUCCCCACUCACCCAUUUCUAUCAGAAACAACUCAAUCAGGAGAAACAACUCAAUCAGAUUCACAACUAGCCGAGGAAUCAACUCAACGACUCCAGACCACAAUACAGAAAAUUACAGAAUUCAAUCAAGCUAAAGAGCAACAUAUCCCUGAUUCUAUAACAUUUAAAUUUCCCACCACAGCAUCAGAAGAACCUUCUACAAUUGCCAUACAUGAACAAAUUGACCACUUAACUGGCAUUAAUGGCAUAAAUAACUCUACAGCUAUGGAUACUCUACCCACUCAAUCAUCAUUUCCAGACUCACAGGAAACAACUCAAUCUGGAGAUUCAGAACUAGCUGAAGAAUCAACUCAACGACCCCAGACCACAAUACAGAAUAUUCCUUCCAUACAUGAACAAAUUGACCACUUCACUGGCAUUAAUAGUAUAAAUAACUCCACUUCUAUGGCGUCCUUCCCCACUCAUUCAUCAUUACCAGACUCACAAGAAACAACUCAAUCACGAGAUUCACAACUAGCUGAAGAUUCAACUCAACAACCCCAGACCACAAUACAGAAUAUUCCUUCCAUACAUGAACAAAUCAACCGCUUCACUGGCAUUAAUGGCAUAAAUAACUCUACAGCUAUGGCGUCUCUACCCACUCAAUCAUCAUUUCCAGAUUCACAAGAAACAACUAAAUCAGGAGAUUCACAACUAGCUGAAGAAUCAACUCAACGACUCCAGACCACAAUACAGAAAAUUACACAACCCAGUGAAGUUACAGAGCAACACAUCCCUGAUUCCUCAACAUUUAAAUUUCCCACCACAGCAGCAGAAGAUCCUUCUACAAUUGCCAUACAUGAACAAAUCGACCACUUGACUGGUAUUAAUGAUACAAAUAACUCCACUGCUAUGGCGUCCUUCCCCACUCAUUCAUCAUUACCAGACUCACAAGAAACAACUCAAUCACGAGAUUCACAACUAGCUGAAGAAUCAACUCAACAACCCCAGACCACAAUACAGAAUAUUCCUUCCAUACAUGAACAAAUUGAUCACUUCACUGGCAUUAAUGGCAUAAAUAACUCUACAGCUAUGGCGUCUCUACCCACUCAAUCAUCAUUUCCAGAUUCACAAGAAACAACUCAAUCAAGAGAUUCACAACUAGCUGAAGAAUCAACUCAACGACUCCAGACCACAAUACAGAAAAUUACACAACCCAGUGAAGUUACAGAGCAACACAUCCUUGAUUCCUCAACAUUUAAAUUUCCCACCACAGCAGCAGAAGAUCCUUCUACAAUUGCCAUACAUGAACAAAUUGACCACUUAACUGGCAUUAAUGGCAUAAAUAACUCUACAGCUAUGGAUACUCUACCCACUCAAUCAUCAUUUCCAGACUCACAGGAAACAACUCAAUCUGGAGAUUCAGAACUAGCUGAAGAAUCAACUCAACGACCCCAGACCACAAUACAGAAUAUUCCUUCCAUACAUGAACAAAUUGACCACUUCACUGGCAUUAAUAGUAUAAAUAACUCCACUUCUAUGGCGUCCUUCCCCACUCAUUCAUCAUUACCAGACUCACAAGAAACAACUCAAUCACGAGAUUCACAACUAGCUGAAGAAUCAACUCAACAACCCCAGACCACAAUACAGAAUAUUCCUUCCAUACAUGAACAAAUCAACCGCUUCACUGGCAUUAAUGGCAUAAAUAACUCUACAGCUAUGGCGUCUCUACCCACUCAAUCAUCAUUUCCAGAUUCACAAGAAACAACUCAAUCAGGAGAUUCACAACUAGCUGAAGAAUCAACUCAACGACUCCAGACCACAAUACAGAAAAUUACACAACCCAGUGAAGUUACAGAGCAACACAUCCCUGAUUCCUCAACAUUUAAAUUUCCCACCACAGCAGCAGAAGAUCCUUCUACAAUUGCCAUACAUGAACAAAUCGACCACUUGACUGGCAUUAAUGGCAUAAAUAACUCUACAGCUAUGGCAUCCUUACACACUCAAUCAUCAUUACCAGACACACUGGAAACAACUCAAUCAGGAGAUUCAAAUCUAGCAAAAGAAUCAACUCAACAACUCCAGACCACAAUACAGAAUAUUCCUUCCAUACUUGAACAAAUCGACUACUUCACUGGCAUUAAUGAUACAAAUAACUUCACUUCUAAGGCGUCCUUCCCCACUCAUUCAUCAUUACCAGACUCACAAGAAACAACUCAAUCAGGAGAUUCACAACUAGCUGAAGAAUCAACUAAAUUCCUAACCACAAUACAAAAAAAUCAUUCUAUACAUGAACAAAUUGACCACUUCACUGGUAGUAAUGGUACAAAAAACUAUACAGCUAUGGUGUCUCUCCCCACUCAAUCAUCAUUUCCAGACUCACAGGAAACAACUGAAUCAGGAGAUUUACAACUUGCUGAACAAUCAACUCAACGACUCCAGACCACAAUACAGAACAUUAUAGAACCCAGCCAAGUUACAGAGCAACACAUCCCUGAUUCCACAAAAUUCACUAUCAAAAACUCCUCCAAAGCAGCAGAAGAACCUUUUUCAAUUGCCGUACAUGAUCAAAUCAACCGCUUCACUGGUAUUAAUGGCAUAAAUAACUCCACAGCUAUGGAGUCUCUACCCACUCAAUCAUCAUUUCCAGACUCACAGGAAACAACUCAAUCUGGAGAUUCAGAACUAGCUGAAGAAUCAGCUCAACACUUCCACAGAACGAAACAGAAAAUUCCAAAACCCAUCAUUCACUCUACUGGAACAAAUGGUACUAAUUAUUCUACACCUACAUCUUUUCUCACUGAACUGCCACCACAAGUGUCACAAGAAAACACCCUGUCAGGAGCUCCACAACUACUUGAACAUUCAACUCAACAUUUCCAGAGCCCCAAACAGAAAAUGACAAAACCCAGUCUGAAAAUUGUACACCUUAUUGCAACCAUGUCCACCCCACAUCUGGCCACAACAUAUAGAAUUCAACAGGAAACUCUACUAAAGUCUGCCAUGGACCCACACAUUCCAAAUAAUGACAUACUUUCAUCAACAAUGGAAAAUGACAACCUGCAACCAACUCCAGUUCCACAAAUAACAAAGGAUGAAUAUCCCAAUAUGACGCCAUUCAUCAUGCAAAGCAUUUCAAAACCAACUCCACCAGCAAGGACAAAACAAACAACUUUAUUAACAGUCAAGCCUGAAAUCAUAAAACAUCCUCCACACACUGUUUCUGUAACCUGGCAAAAUGGGAAACCCAACUGGCUUGUGACAACCACAGAUUGGAGAGUGUCAAAACCUACGCCACCUACAUUCACAUUGAAGAGGCAAAUACAAGACUCCACUUCACUUCUGCUGACUCCAAAAAAUAUAAAGAAAAAUACUCAAACACGAACAAAUGAUUCAUUAGUAAGCAGCAAAACGGCUUCCACUUCACCUCUUCCAAUCCUGAUAGAGAAACAUUUGUUUGACUCAGAAGGACCAGAGGAAACUUCUGUGCCAACAGGCAUUAGUCUACAGGAUUCCAGAACCCAUCGGAGUAAUGCAGAAACACAGUCACAGAGCACAACAAACAAAUACACAAUCCUUAACAAAAUUAUGUCCCAAACAAGUUUCGCGUUAGUAAAGGACACAUCAAAUCAAGCUCCCACAGAUGGAGUGCAUAUGUCUCAAACUAUUCCAGUCACCACAGAAAAUCUCAUUAAGAUGUUCACUCUAAAUCCAAGACCUUCAGAAAAAAAUAUUCAUACCACAUCAGUUGUAACAAAUGGAUUACUACAAUCAAGAACACUGGAAAUUCCAUCCAGGAUUUCAACAAAACGGGCCAAUAUCCAUCCCACCAAAACAACGGAGUCUCGAUAUGAACCGACAAAUCACGGACCUACAGCAGAUUCAAUUCCAAAUGAAAAUUAUUCCAAUAAUGAUCUGCUAACCGAGAUGGAAAAACCAACGCAAAGCAUGAGUGGACGCAAACCAAGUUUGACAACUCGUUCAACUAGAUGGCACGUGUCAAAAACACAAACUAUUUCACAGAAACCCAAGACAUUUAUUUUAUCAACAUACAAAUCAGCUAAUUCCGCAGUAGAAAAUGACACGAAAACCCACAGAUAUAUUUUUGAAGUACUUCUUGCUUUUAUGUGCCUUUUGUUGCUGUUAAUGGUAAUCUUGCUUUGGGUAGUCUGGAGAAGAUGGAAAGCCCGGCACAGGAGGAGCAACAUCUGGGUAGCAGGUUCUCCUGUCCUGUGUGGAACAUAUCAUUCAGUCUUGCAGUACAGCAGUUCACACACGGCAAUGCAGAUGAGGAAUAAGAACAGUCAAAAGAAAAAGCAAGAAAAUAGUGAUAUUUCUGAGACUAUUGCUCUCAAGCAACAACACAUAUACGUUGUAUAAACAUGAGGAUGUCAGGGACUCACGGCACUCUUACCCUCGACAUGACAGCUUUUUUAACUAAACAAAUUGUGAAUUAACAAAUUCUACAGACUUCUCAGUGAGUCACAAUCUUCCAGACGACGUCUUCGUGUCUUGCAUAUGCAAAGACUUAACUUUACAUGAACAAAUGAGUGUUAAGAUUACAUUAUAUAUGUUGAUAUUAUGUGAUUGUACUUUUAAAGGUUAACAAUUGUUUUAAUAAAAAAGCUAUUUUGACCUGUAUUAUAACUGAUAUUAUUCCGAUUCACUAAAACAAAAACUUGUUGAAAAAUGUCCAUUAACUAUUACUGUACAUACAAAUUGAAUACAUUUCAAAAGACUAUACGUCAUGUGGCAAUUCCUUUCACUUUUACCUCUGACUUUUCCUUUUGCCUGGCUCACACACAAAAACACUGUGACCCACUAAAACACAUGCCACAAAAUCUUUUAAAAUGGAGCGGGGAUAUGUGUUAGAUGAACAGAUCAAUGAAGUAAGGGAAGAAAGUAGACAGCACAUGUAAAACAAGAACUGAGUGCAGAUGGAUUUAGUAAAACAUUCUAUGGCAUUUCUGCUUGACACACACAAACACAAAUAUACAGCAUCAUACACUCACACACAGUGCAAAGCUACAUUAGUAGGCAGAGGAUGUUUCAUUACUGGGCAGCAUUAGCAAGCUCUGAAAGAAUGAAGCGAUUGAGGAAGAAAAAGGGAGAGGAACGGAGAGAGAGAUGGAGAGUGGCACUGAGAAGUUUCUGUACCAGCACUCUUUUGUUCAAAACGUACAAACACACACACCUGCCUGGGCAAGAACAUGAUGGUGAGGAGCUUUAAAUACGCAAACCAAAAAGCGUGCUAGGAAUUAUACUACACUAAGAAUUAAGAAGUGCUUCAUUAUUAGGGUUUUAAAUUAAAACACUGAAUUUUACAACACGUGUUGACUGGGUGUGAGGAACUGAUUAAAAUGGUGAAUUGUGUUAAACGGAGAUGACAGUGCUGUACUCUUACAUAUAGCUGACAGCAUAAUCAGAAUAACAAUUUUACUGAAAUCACCAG